AGGCCACCGCAAAUCAAAGAAAAAUAUAAAGAGGACUCUUACCUGAAAAGGUUCGAUCAUUCGACCGAAUACAAAAAAAAGAAGUCCAUCUUCGAUUGGACAUGGAAAGCCUACUAGAAAAUGAGGUCAUGACCCAGGAGAUGUCUGUCCAACUAAUAACCGAUGAUGAGCAAGAGCAACACAUGGAGAUGGAGGAUAGUGAUCAGAGUGAGGGUGAGGGUGAGGGUGAAGGUAGUGGUAGUAAACGUAUCAGCCUUUUCGCCAGGUCUCAAAAAGAAAUCAUGAAGCUCAUUUUUGUAGUUAAUUACCGUGUUCCUGAUGAGGGCCAUGCCAGCCUUAAUGUUCAGAAAAUCUUUAAGGAUUCAGCCAAGAUCAUUCACAAUAUUAUUGAGCAGGGCAGCGGAUUUAAUGAUGGUGAAACACCCAAAGCCAGCUCCAGCUCGUGCACUCUUGUUAACUCCUUUGGCUGCAAGAUGUCGUGUAAGAGUCCAGGUGAUGAAACUGCCUUUGAAUCACGUACGGAAGAAAUACUUACAAAACUAUCAAGUUAUCCAUAUGAAGUACAGGCAGUAUUGGCCCUGGCCCUUUUUGCUUUGGAAUAUGAAGAAUGUUCCAGCCAACUUUCCAAGAAAUCGACAACGCUGAAACGCCAAGAUGCAGUAGUCGAGCUUAACAAUCUGGUCAACCAAGUGUUACAAGUGAUUGAGCACAUCCUUGAGUUGGAGAAACUAAUUUCUGGUGAUCGAGACAGUGAACCAAAAUUGGCGAGGGUAAUUAUGGAUACCCCAUUUAAUGCCUACUGGUCAAUCAUAACUCUUGUAGCUUGCGCAACUGAGCUCUCUUUUCUUACCGGUGAUGAGGACAUCAAGUCAUAUGAUCUAUCCCAUUUUUCUCAAAAAAUCAGCUGCAUCCUCAACAAGCUUGAGGGACAACUUACAAUCUGCCAACAAGAAAAAGAGGAGGUAGAGCUUUGGGAACUUGUACUCACUGCCCCUCCUAAAAUUACCGAGGUUUUCCAAAGGCUGGUUCUUUUCAAGCAUAAAGCGUAUCCGCAGCCUCCCAUCAUCAGUGUUAAUCCCACUAACAAGGAGGCUUUUAACAUCAAUGUGCUAGUGGGGAAGUGUGUGUUAUUUUACAUUUCAAGGCUGGACAAUGUUUCUGAUCAAGAUAUUUCAUGUCUCAAAGAAGUGUAUGAGGGAAUCGAAAAGCAUAACAAGUGUGUGAUUGUGUGGAUCCCUGUUGUUGAGGACUGGACUGAAAGAGGAGGAGAGCAGUUUGAGGAAUGGAGGUCUAAGAUGCCAUGGUACGCGGUGCAAUAUUUUUCGCCCCCGGCCAUUGGGUACCUUGAGCGGCGGUGGAACUUUGAAGGUAAUCCUAUGGUGGUGGUGAUGAACCAGAUAGGAAACGUGGUAAACACCAACAUAAUCGACUUGAUUCGGACACAAGCAACGGAGGCAAUUGCUUUGCUUAACGUUGAAAUACGAAAAGGAAUAUGUGCAUCACUACAGGCCAUUUUUCCUUGCUCAGGAGCUCGUAGGCGUGUAACUCUUGACGCUGUGGAGGUGUUGAAGAGGUUGACUUAUCCUAGGCAAGUCGCUGCUGCGAGGCCUAUUCUUCUUGAUGGAAACAAGCAGGUUGAUAUCAACAAGGAGCUGAAGUGUAAGGGUCUGUUUUUGUUACUCUCCGACGUAGGCAUUACUGAUAAUUACAUUUCAUAUCUCAAACCAGUUUAUGAGAGAAUAAGAAAAUACCAAACGCAUCAGAUUAUCUGGGUUCCCGUUGUGGAGCAGUGGAACCAAGACAAAGAAAAACAACUUGAGAUGUCGAGGUUGAAGAUGCCGUGGUACACAUUGAAGUGUUUUUCAACCAUACCAGGCAUCAAGGACAUGAAGGAGAAGUGGAAUUACAACGGUAAGCCUGCGGUGGUGGUGCUGAACAGGGAAGGUGACGUGGAAUGUAAAAAUGCUUUCCCCUCGAUUAAGAAACAUGGAGCGGACGCCUUUCGUUUCUUUAAAUGAGAUAUAUAAUAUCAUUACUACGGUGGCUACACCGCAUGCCGGUAAACUGUGCAGCUGCCCAUUAUUCCUAAAAUAAGAAGCAGUUUUAUUGCAUCUAUUAUCUAGAUCACCAUCCACCAGCGUGAUGUAACCUGUGUUUAUUAAUAUUUGUGAACUUACAUCUUGAUAUUUGUUUGGAUAAUCGGAAUCAUUAAUUUGAAACGACUGUUUAGCUUUCA